CUAAGUGGGAAGGAAAAGGAAUGCGUCGAACGAAUUUAUUCCAUAGUCGAUGACCUUUUGAGGAAUAAAACCUACUCCAACAGUGAAAUAAACCAGUGGUCAAAUGUAAUCUGCGAAACGUCCAUGGAUUUUCUAUACUCGAAAUUGUUACCCGCCAAAUACAUAAUAAGUUGCUACAUUUUAAAAAGCGCAAGCACGGAAGCGGCUCUUCGAUUUUCUACCUACUGGGACACGGGGGAUAAACACCUCCAGAUAUGCUGGCCAAAGGACCAAAAGAACAGCAACAUGCGCUGCUAUGUUAAUGUCUAUGUUUUAAAAAUUGCACAAGAGAGUUAG